ACGGGCUCGUCGUGCGGGCGGCGCCGAGACGCGGGCGGGCGCGGCGGGAUGUCGGGGCCCAACGGGGACCCGCACGUGCUGGGCGGCGGCAGCGGCGACGACGGCGGGGACAGCUUCGAGGAGGAAGAAUAUGCAGCAAUAAACUCCAUGCUGGACCAGAUCAACUCCUGCUUGGAUCACCUGGAGGAGAAGAAUGAUCACCUACACAUCUGCUUGAAGGAACUGCUGGAGUCCAACCGCCAGACCCGGCUGGAGUUCCAGCAGCAGAGCAAGCAGCUGAACACGGGAGCUGACGUGCAGGGAUCCCAGCCUCCUGCCUAGAGUCUGACCACACAUUCUCAGCUGGUGUUGCUAAGGGGACAGUUAUCGGUCACCAAUUUAACGUAAAACUCGAAUAGCAGAGGUGCCUCGUGUCUGUUACUUGUUCCUUUCUGUGUUUGUAUCCUGCCAUUCACACCUCCAUGUUCUGUUCUCUUUUAGCUGUGAGACAGGUGCAGAAGCACAAGGGUGGGUGUAGGAGAGCUGGUUCUUUCUGCUCCCCAGCACGAGCCUGGUACUCACACUUGGUUAAAGCUGGCUGUAGGAAAUCUGAGGCCAUGCAGGUAGUUUGCAGGCGGGCCCUCUUCAUAAAGUGGAAAAAUUAUCUCUGCUCUCUUUUCCUUAAAUCCACGCAAGGAGUAUUAUGGCUCUAGCUCCUUCUCUCAGAAAGCACGGGAUAGACAGGGGCUGUCCUGACUCCAGGCUUGUCCCUAAGUAUAACUCUGGUGACAGCCUUGGAGAGGAGGGAGGGCCUAGGCCAGCUGCUGCCUUGAAGCUACAGCUUCUCCCUUAGUCACAUUAACUGCGACAUACGAAAUACUGGCACAUGGUUCCAGAUCACUGGACACUUCCACUCCAUUCCAAGCAGAUAAGACAAGCUACCAGGGUGAUAUUUCUGACCACUGUAACUGGGAGCUGCCCCACUCCUUCAGCUGCCAUUAAGGACUGAGGUGUGGAGAGAGGCGGAGCAGCCUGGUUAGCCCCCACCAACAGCAUCCGCAAUAGAGAGCAGAGCCCUCCGUGUACAUUCUGACAAGGCACGAGAGGUCUGGUCUGUAACUUGUGAUCUUGUCAGCAUGUCCUAGAGCCACCACUUUUGAAGCAAGUCUUACUGUUCUACUUAUGUAGAGUUAAAGGAGUUUUUUGGAAAGCUAAAGAGGUUAUUGAAAAGAAAUCUGUUUUAUUAAAAUCAGUUUGAAACAAAAUUUGUUCCUGAGAGUCUCCACUAUGAGAACAGAUUGGAUUUAAGCCUUGUAGUAUUAACAAAGGACCAAGGUGCAUGUUCUUGCCUAGCUUAGGACUUGUCCAAGACUGCUUGUCCAACAGUGUGUGUCUUUGAGAGGAAGUGUUCUGAGAAGCAGAAUUUGGCAGAGUCUCCCAAGAGAAAAACAUUUUCUCUGCCUGGAAAGGAAAUGAGGAACUACAAAGAAUUCUUAAGUCUGCAUCCAUCACUCCGUGAAGUCUGUCCCCUGUGGAAAUCCCAUUACCAUCUUCUUUCAGGUUCAACAAUCCAAGCCUCAGUCUUGCCACAUAAUUGCUGUAUCCCAACUGUACAAGUAAUAACCAACACUAUCCUGUAUUAGACACGCUAAAGCCAGGCUUAUUUAUUCUUAAAAUAAAAACAGCAGGAAAGUUGAAGGUUUUGCUCUAUUAAAAGACUCAGAAAAUAAACAUUUCCAGCAAGUA